AUGAUCCAUGGAGGAAACAUUCCUGUGAAGUUUUGGGCUGAAGCAAUCAACACCGCAUGCUACAUCAUCAACCGUGUCUACAUGAGAAAGGCUUUACUCAAAACACCUUAUGAGUUGUGGAAAGGAAAGACACCUAACUUAAGUUACUUUCGUGUCUUUGGAUGCAGGCAACAGUUCAGCUUUCAGAGUCUUCAAUCUUCGGUCCAAGAUGAUUAUGGAGUCGGUCAAUGUGUAUUUGAUGAUCGAUCAAUUCGCAUGGGAGACUUCCAAUGUAUUAUGAUCCAGAACCCAGGCGAGCUGAAGUACAUGAAGAGGACAAUCCAGACAAGCCUGAGGAUGAAGAGAAGGUUGAAGAAAGCUGAAGUACAUGAAGAGGAUUCCAAUCCAGACAAGCCUGAGGAUGACGAGAAGGUUGAACAAGUGCCUGACACGGUGGUUGCCGUAGAACACCCAGUGACACAAGUUCACAGAAAUCACUCAUCAAGUGAUCUGAUUGGAGACAUCAUGAGACGAAAGACGAGAGGAAUCAAGCUGAACUACAAGCAGAUGGUCAGCAUGGCAAUUAUUCAAUUUGAAUGCUUUGUCUCAACCAUAGAGCCACGAAUCACCUUGAAGCACUGA